AUGUCGUCCAGCCCUCAAACAAAAACAAUACCUGAUCUUCCUGCCGAGAUUCGAGACGAAAUUAUUGCGUACUGGGACCCUAUUGUGGUGGCUAAUUUUUCCCUGUGCUGCAAGUUACACCACUCGAUCGUGUCCGAGUUCACCACGCGGCACUAUAGUGUACAACGUGCAUACGGAAAAUAUUUCACGUUCGCCGAAAUCGAUAAAGUCCGCACACAGGCAGAUACGGGUUUGAUCGCCUACGGACCCACUGUACUGAACUUUUUCACUCAAGCCUCACUGCGUUCACCUCUUGAUACCGUCUGCCAACUGCAUCAUUGUUUAUCAGUGGGCCUGUGGUAUAUGGCUAAGGAGUAUGCUUAUGAACCCGAGCAAUCGCAACUGAAAUCGUUCGAAAGUGACGUUGUACGAGCGAAGGAAUUGUUGCGCCAGAGCAGAAGCGACGAUGUCGAUGAAAUGGCCGACUUUCAAGAGGUAUUAUCUGGUAUCGUGCAGACGUGGUCCUUUUACAAAGGGUGUAAACACAUUCGAUUGGUUGCUUCCUCAGGUUCACCCCUCGAAGUUGUGUUUUCACUACCUUCAACAUGCCUGAUGAACGUGUUCACCCACCGUGCAGCGUACAGUCUCUUUCCUCAGAUGACUUUGGUCGACGAUAUCGCACUUAUCAACAGCGUGGACGUCACAACCACAGAUGACCAAGUCGUUCAUAUUGCAAACUUCAGCCGCCUGGGUUUCACCUUCCUCAAUAUGCCAUCGAUUGCGAUGACCACCAAUCCCGACAGCGCUUUGUCUUUCUUAUGUGCACGUUCAGUGGGCGACAGGCAUUGUCAUGUAAUAAAAUUCGACCAUUUCGGUACUGCUGACCCGAAACCGGACUUUAUCGAAGCCCACAGUUGGAAUAUGAGCUAUCAUUUGAAUACCACCAGCUUCACGUACAUGCCUUUAGGUACGAACCACUCAAAAUUCGAAUACACCAUUGCGCCACAGCUGUGGGAUUCGACAAUGGCGAAAUUGAUUACAUUGGGGCGGCUUGAACAACUAUCUCACUUACAGUAA